UAUUCUGACGCGUGAUGUUUAUUUCAAAUUCCCGCUAAAAAUCCCUUCUGAAAUUUUGCUCAAAUGCUUUUUAAACUUUUUCAUCUUCCUUUUAAUUGUUUAUUCCAUCAACUCGUCUCGAAGUCUCAAACCGAUUCAAUAGCAGUGAGUUGACUUAGCAGCCGCUUAUUUCCGUAUGGAGAUGGAAACGAAGGAUGAGUUCACGACUCGCGAGCCAGAGCAGGCCCAAGUGGGAUCUCGAGGACCGAGGUUAGUAAUUAACGAGAUGGUGAUGAGGAACUUCAAGUCUUAUGCCAGUGAGCAGCGCGUCGGUCCCUUUCACAAGGAGGUGGAGAAAGAUGUGAAAGCUCGAACAAGGGGUGAGAUGGGAGCAGCUAAGUCUCUUUGUACCCCAUUCGAACAACCUGAACUCUCAGAAGCACGAGUAAGCAAGCAACAUAAGUUAUUCAGCUGAAGGAUUAGGAUCAACUUUGCUACUUAGUGUGUACGAAGGUGAGACACCGUUUAAGGAAAGAUCAUGGGAUUGAGGGUGGAAUUCCUGUUGUUUUCUCUUUAGAGAAACCUAAAGCUCAGCUGCUUCCUUUUAGAGGACCAAGUGGUGAGGAAGACAACCCUUCAGAUUAUCAAGUGAGGAUGCUUGCUUCUUACUUUUGCAGUUUUAAAGUACUCUGUUUGAUCACCUAACAUCAUGCAGUGGGGAAACUCAUCCAAUAUAUUGAAGCAGAAUUUGAAAUGAGAAUUGAAAGUACAUUUGGAUGGAGCUAAAGCUGUGUUUCUUUUAGCGAUAUAUUUGAACUUGCUGGUGUUAGGUCCCUGGUUUUUGCUAUCUCUAGAUUUAAGGGUAGAAGGAAAAGGAAAAUAUUUAGGUCUACAUUAGUAUGUAAUCUACAUGUUUAAUCCAACAAUUUAAUGUGUUAUUCUGCUGUCAGAUAGUACCUGGGCAGGUUCAACAAUUUAAUGCAUUGUAUUUUUUAUUA